UUCUUAUUACCAUCAAAACCAACAGUAAAUCUGCUUAUAAUUCCACAAGUAACAACUUUGAAUGGUGUCACUGGAGUUUAUUCAAUAAUUAAUAAAGCUCGGUCUAUACUUGACAACCAUCACUAUAUGAAUAUUCAGGUUUACUUUAUAGACUUCAUCGCUUUGAUAUUUGAAUUAGUAAUGUUUAUAAUUUUAAAUAUAUUUAAAAUUUUAAAUUAUGGGAUUACAUUAUUAUAUAUUUUUUUAAUUACUUUAAUUAACGAGUUCCCAAACUGCGCAUUGGCUUUAAUGAAAGAUACAAGUCAUUAUGUUGUCUGUGAAACAGACCACUUUCUCUUGAACGAAUCAUUUCUUUUAUGUUCCAGUUUUUGUUCGAUGUGUUUGAGUGAUUUUGAGUGUUUAAAGUGCUUCAUCUAUUAUUUUGUCAAUGAGACGUAUUCAUGUGAAAAGACAACAUACUUAAAAGUUUGUGCCAUUAUUGGUAAUUUAUGUAAUUAUGGGUGUGAGAUGUGUGACGAUCUAUAUUCCCUUAAUAACAACAUGCAGUGUGUUCCAUGUUCGUCCAUUUCGGAACAUUGUGCGGUGUGUGAUAAAUAUUUGUAUCGGUGUAAAAAGUGUCAGACCAGUUUCUAUCUCUCAGAAAGUAAACAUGUGAACUCGAAUGUUGCUUUCUGUGUUGAAACAAAUGGCGAAUUUUGUUCUAAAUGUUCUUUUUGGAGUAAAGCGAGUUCUGAACAGCUCAAUCAAUACCAGAAUAUUCCACUGUGGUGGGUCAUCUUACUUAUAAUUAUCACAGACAUCAUAUUUAUCACAUUCAUAUCAUUAUUUGCUGCAUUUGUUCUUUAG